UGCUCGUCGCAGCUCGCCUCGAUUCUGUUCUGUCUGUGUAGAUGAGCGAUCGAUCGAUCGAUCGAUCUUCCUCUUCUACUGCCGCUGCCGCAGGUCCUGAUCUAUCAUCUUGUUCAGCCGAGCUGCGCAGCAGCAGCAGCAGUGGGCCUCGAGAGAUUCUGGGUUUGUGAGGAUUUGCGUGCAGCGAUGGAGGCGAUGGCGAGCUUGAGAGGAGCAGGCGUGAGCACGAGCACGAGCUGCUCGAAGCAGCAAUUCUUCGCCGGCGCGGCGCCCAGUCCCGCUCUGGUGAGCUGCAACAAAUGGAGCAGCGCCGGCGGCGAGCGGAGGGCCGUGGUGAGCGUCGAGGCCAAGGGGCGCAAGACCAGCAUGUUGCCCGGCAGCGGCAGGAGGCCCUCGGGUCCCAACCUGCCGAAUUUGGACGGCGACGACAAUCCCAAGUUCGUUCUCUUCAUCAGGACUCAGAAAGUCCCAAGGUGGUACCCAUUGAGUGUUGUUUCUGGAGGCUCAACGGCGAAGGUCAUGCUUGCAGCCAUGGGUAACGAUUGGGGAAAGAAGCUCUACGGAGAUACUUUGACCCGAAACAUCGCUGAGGUUAUCUACAAGGACGAAAGGGCUGUCAGGCAGACAGCUUUCAAGACUUACCCAGUGCUGAAAUCUGCGUCAGGUUUCGAAUACGGUUACAAAAUUGUGGACAAGAAGAACCCAAAUUCAGCAAUUUACGGUCAAGACGUCAUUCAGAUCCCACCCAAAGGAGAAUUGAAGUCAGUUGUGGACAAGGUGAAGGAGAGCUUCGGUAACCUUUUCACCGGUGUGAAGGACACUUUUGGCUCGAUCUCCCCCAUUGAGCCUGAAGAUGCACCAGAAGCAGAUAAAAAAUGAUCCAACCGAUUAUCCACUUCGAUUUAGAUAGACUUUUAUAUGAGUGCCUUUGCACUGCGUAUCCAACCGAGGAGAAACAGUGCUGAAAGCAAAGCAAGGCCGCCCUGAAGUCAAGCGCGAAGUUUACCUUUUCCUGUACUUUAGAAUUGACAUGGGAUCCCCCUUCAGCUGAGUCAGUCAUACUAAUUUUCGUAGGAGUAGUGUACAUUCAGUUCAAGUUGAAGAUAAUUCGUUUUUAGAUAGGGCGGAGUGCAUCUGUAUUUUAUCAAAGAAACAGGGAACCUGGAAGAUUUUCAUC